UGGUGAAAGUGAUGUUGGCUGGACCUCUCAGUUUCCCCACAUGUCGACUAGAAGAGAGUACUAUAUUAUACCUUCUGUGUUAUCAUUGCCAAUAUGAUAGCUUAAACGGACCAAAACUCACGCGCCCUGCGCGCAGUACAACGCAAACAUGAUGGAGUUUACUUUUAUUACAUUGGUGAUCUCACCAAGUUUCUUACUGAUAAAAAGAAGAGAUAUACAUAAUUAUGGAGUACGACAGGAUGUCCGGGCUAGACUCCUGGCUCACAGAGAGUGAGCAGGAUUUUUCCUUGGGGGCCAAGGCAACAUCUUACCUACCUUCUGCCACUUUAGAUCCCAGCUGUAACAAUGCCAAUUUUGAACUCCCUGAUUGGAUGGAGAGCAGAGAACACUUGGGUCUUUCCAAUGUAAAGCUGUUUGAGUUUUCAUUUUCUCAGAAUUUUGAAAAUGACAUCUCUCAAGAUCAUGAAACAGUUGGUAUUAUGGAUGAUUAUAGUACAGCUAUCAAGCCAGAAGAUAUGCUUGUGCCUCUUUCAGAAUUGCUGCCACAAACAAGCACUCCACAAGGACUCUCAGCCAACUUAAUUUCUUUGACAUCAUCCUCCCCAAAAUUAAUCAUCUGUAUGAAAAAGGUGGCUGUACGUGUACCUACAAGAAAGCCUGAGGAUUGUUCCCAAUCAGAAGUUACAGUAUCAUCCACAGCACUUUCGUCUUGUAUUCCAAAUAUUAAUGGCUCUCAGAAUGUUCAGUUAUCUAAUACAGUUGCUGCUGACAGUAUCUGUGAUGCUGAUGAUUUAAUUAAUGAAGUGGUUCAAAUGAUAGGAAAUGAAAUGGAUGGCAAUGAAUUUACUACUAUGAACACAUCCUUGGACUCGUCCAUGGAUGAAGCUGAUAUGGAUGAUUUACUUUCACAAUUAGAAUCUAGUAAUGCUGAUUUGGAUUUGUCUGAUUUUAAUUCAUUGGGAUCAGAACCUGCAUCGCCAGUACCCAUCCCUUCCCCAGUGCCAUCAGCUGGUAGUCUUUCUCCAGAACAGUCUGUUAAUGAUUCUCUAUUUCUUUCUUUUUUGUCCCCAGAUCAUAAUGACAAAAAUUCUAGAGCAAAUUCUCCAUUGCAUAGUGAGGGAGAACUUAACGAAAAUUGCAUUCAGUCAGAGGUACAUUCGUACUCUCGGUCACCUCGAAAAAGCAAAGCUUCACGCAAAGCACCUAAAAGUUCACCAUAUCUAGAGGACAGACGAGAACGAAAGAAAGAACAGAAUAAGCAAGCAGCUCUCAGGUACAGACAAAAGAAGAAACAGGAAGAUGAUGAGCUUAUGUCACAGAUAAAAGCUGAAGAAGAGAGACAGCAGCAGCUUAAAGUAAAAUAUUCAAAUAUUAAGCAAGAGCUUAUCUAUCUUAAAAAGAUCAUGAGAGAGGUAUUUAUUGCCAAAGGAAUAUUAUCUGAAGAUUCACUAAAAAGAAAAGGGCAUUCUAAACUUUAGUACAAAAAGUGGCAGUAUGGUAAUUUAAGAUCUUGGUCUUUGAUUUAGUUAAAUUUGUAAAGGCAAGAUGUUGUUUUGGCCCCUUACUGUGCUCUAUUAAAUAUAAGCAUUUAGUGGCUUUGGUGACUUCUUGUAUGAAAAGUAAAAAUUGUAAUUAAAUGAAAGAUAUUUGGCUGGAUGAAAACAUUACAAGUAUUGCUUUUCAUGUGGGAUUUCUGCCAUAACACAGAUAGCCUGAAAAAAUUUAUUUAAAGUUUGUGUAUGCAGUAUUGACUGGUAAGUGUUCGUAAACAAUUGUCGGGCUCAAAUUGGGUAAAUUUGAAUAUUGUGGUAUAAUAGGUAUAUUGAAGUUUAUUUUACUUUUAUAGUGUAUUAAUGAUAGUAAAAAAUAAAAGGUAAA